UUAUCAAUGUUAAGUGUCAAAUGAUUUAGUCAAAACAAAAACAAACAACACGUGUAAAACAAAUACAAGAAAAACAAAACACAAAUUUCCACCAAAAUGACAAAUUUACGCAAAGCAUUAGAAAGAUGUAAACAUCCCAACAGUCGCAAAACCAAAGCUCUGGGCAAAAAGGCACGCCGACAAAACAACAAACAUAAACAAAGGCUGGGUCAUGCGAUCAAGUCGAAUUUAAUGGGUGAGAAAUUAAGUUGGUUUUUGGAUCACAUUGAAGAAGGCCGUACACAUCCCCUGACACCCCAUGAAUUUGAGGAACUUAUUGAUUUGUAUUUGAAAAGAUUCGAUGAAGAACUAGAACAAAUAGCUUUGAAGCAGUCUAUCAGUAAAAAUCGUUCUAAUCAGCAUGCGGCUCGUAAAGAUGUUAUUACAAUUACUCUGGAAAGGGAGAAUGGGGAAUAUAAAGCCGGUGGAAUGAUGCUUUUAAAUCUUUGUGAUCCUAUCAAAUAUAAAUCGCUUUUGGAUUGGGAUGGCAGUGGCAUAAAUGUACAACAUCUCAAACUGGAAUUAAUAUCAUACAAUAUGUUGCAAAGGCUUAAAAAAGAAUAUGACGAGAAAGAUUCUACCACAACAGAAGCUACUCCCAAACCCUCUACAUCAUCCGCGUUGAAUGAAGACACUAUGGAAACUUGUUAAAUAAUAAAUUUUAUUUAAAAAAUAAAAUAAAACGUUAAUACAAAGUAAAA